UAGGGGUUAGCUUAGUGCAGAGAGUUGACAAAUCCAUAGCAUCCACGUGGCAAAAUAUGACAGUUGAACAUUUAAGCAGAUUAAAUGACACCAGACAAACUCUUUUCCUAUCCCCUGAGCUUCCUUUAAGUCUUUGCCCAGCUCUCGGUUUAUCAAAGUAGAGGAAAGGAAGGAAAGAAAAGAAAGAGAAAAAAAAAAAGGCACUUUCUUCUCAAAAUCUGCACUUUGUUGCGUUUAGAAACGGCAAUGGCUUGAAGAAAGGAGAGUUUUUUUUACAUGCCUUUGUUUCUCUGUUUUUGUUACUUUUAAAGGUGAUGGUAAUGGAGUGUGUUGGAAGUCGGAACUUUGCGGCAAUGGCGGUUUCUACAUGCGCCACGUGGAGGUCUCGGAGGAGAAAUCUGAUGAGGACGAAAACCGCGUUGCGGAGUCAUCAUCGGUUUAUCUCGUUUAAGGUGAGAGCUAGUGGAGCAGGGAGCGAGAGUUGCGUGGCGGUUAAGGAAGAUUUCGCUGACGAAGAAGAUUACAUAAAAGCCGGUGGCUCUGAACUUCUCUUCGUUCAAAUGCAACAGAACAAGGAAAUGGAUAAACAGUCAAAAUUAGCGGAUAAGUUACCGCCGAUAUCAAUCGGGGAUAACGUACUGGACCUGGUGGUUAUUGGUUGUGGUCCAGCUGGCCUUGCUCUUGCUGCAGAGUCAGCUAAGUUGGGUUUAAAUGUUGGACUCAUUGGCCCUGAUCUUCCUUUCACCAAUAAUUAUGGAGUCUGGGAGGAUGAGUUUAAAGAUCUUGGACUAGAAAGGUGUAUUGAGCAUGUUUGGCAGGAUACAAUAGUAUACCUUGAUGAUGAUAAGCCCAUUAUGAUUGGUCGUGCUUAUGGGCGCGUUAGUCGACACUUGCUUCAUGAGGAGUUGUUGAGGAGGUGUGUUGAGUCAGGUGUAGUGUAUCUCAGCUCAAAGGUUGAAACGAUCAUUGAAGGUACAGAUGGCCAUAGUCUUGUAGCCUGUGAAGACAAUCGUGUCGUUCCUUGCAGGCUUGUUACUGUUGCUUCAGGAGCAGCUUCAGGUAAACUGUUGCAAUAUGAGGUAGGGGGUCCAAGGGUCUCUGUGCAAACAGCUUAUGGUGUUGAGGUUGAGGUGGAGAACAAUCCUUAUGACCCAAGCCUGAUGGUUUUCAUGGAUUACAGAGACUAUGCUAAACAAGAAUUUCCAUGUUUAGAAGCUCAAUAUCCAACAUUUCUUUAUGCCAUGCCAGUGUCAUCAACAAGAGUUUUCUUUGAGGAAACUUGUUUGGCUUCAAAAGAUGCCAUGCCUUUUGAUUUGUUAAAGAAGAAGCUCGUGUCAAGGCUAGAGACCAUGGGAAUCCAGAUUUCAAAAGUUUAUGAAGAGGAAUGGUCUUAUAUUCCAGUUGGUGGUUCCUUACCAAACACAGAGCAGAAGAACCUUGCAUUUGGUGCUGCUGCAAGCAUGGUGCAUCCAGCUACUGGUUAUUCGGUUGUGAGAUCAUUGUCAGAAGCUCCAAAUUAUGCUUCUGUAAUUGCAAAUAUCCUGAAGAAGGAUCAUUCCAAGGGCAUGCUUAACAGUGUAAGAAAUAAUGGGAAUAUCUCAAUGCAAGGUAUGCUGUGUGAUUUAUCCUCUGAACGCUUUUUCAAUGCUUGGAAUACUCUUUGGCCACAAGAAAGGAAACGGCAGAGGUCAUUCUUUCUCUUUGGGCUAGCUCUCAUAUUGCAAUUGGAUAUUGAAGGCAUUAGAACAUUCUUCCACACAUUCUUCCGAUUGCCAAGUUGGAUGUGGCAAGGAUUUCUUGGUUCUACUCUUUCUUCUGCUGAUCUCGUUCUGUUUGCCUUCUAUAUGUUUGUUUUAGCACCAAACGAUAUGAGAAUGUGCCUUGUCAGGCACCUAUUGUCAGAUCCAACUGGAGCAACUAUGAUAAGAACAUAUCUCACAAUCUAGAUGUUUAUGCUUUUGGAUGUUGGAUCGCUCCAAGGAAUAUGAAUGUAUUACAAGGAAUCUCCAGAGAUGAUGGCUGGUGUGUAGGUGGCCAAAUGCUGGUCUAUACUGCAUCCUUCAAGGUGACAUUCUGUCCUGUCAGAAUGGCAGAAAAUGAAAAAUAAAAUAAAAUAAAAACUUGAGCCUCUUUUGUACCCCUAAGACAUCUGCUAAUUCCACAGAAGCCCACAGUAAUCCCAGGCCACAGGGUCUAAUCCAUAAAUAUUCUAGACUUAGAGGAGUUGUUCCCCUUCCACUCAAGUUAGUGAUGAGUGGUGACAUUUAAUUUAUUUAUUAGCUUUUUAGUCCACAACUCCCGAGAAUCUCGCAAGCUUUUCUUCAUGCUUUUCAGCAUUUGAAUUAACUUAAUCCAUUAUAUGAACACCUUUCAUGGGCAUCGUGACUAGGCAGCAAGACAAACAUUAACAAUCAACUCAAAAGUCAAAGCAGGAAAUAAAUAUAGAAAGAAAUGCUUGAGAUAAUUGGAACAAGCAAAUUAAAACUGUUCUUGUCACGAAUCCUAGUUGGGUAUUUGUUCUCAUUAGCAACUAAACAUGGGUUUUUCUUUUUUUUUUUUUAAUA